UAAAAGCGGCGACGCGCUUGUGCCCCAAACUCUGCCCUCCGGACUCGCGGGAUUCUCGCUGUCCUUCGUUUUUGCCCACACCGCUGGUCUCCCCAGACCCGCGCCUGCCAUGCUGGCGCUGCGGUGUGGCCCCCGCCUGCUCGGCCUGCUCCCGGUCCCGCGCUCCGCGGCGCGGCGCCUCCCCGCGGCCCGCGCCUGCAGCGGCGGCGGCACCCGCGACCCGUCCUCCUCUUCCGGGAACCCGCUAGUGUACCUGGACGUGGGCGCCGACGGGCAGCCGCUCGGCCGCGUGGUGCUCGAGCUAAAGGCAGAUGUCGUCCCAAAGACAGCAGAGAACUUCAGAGCCCUGUGUACUGGGGAGAAGGGCUUCGGCUACAAAGGCUCCACCUUCCACAGAGUGAUUCCGUCCUUCAUGUGCCAGCCCCAGUGGACAACCACUCAGAAGGUGCUCUGCUCUCAGGCAGGUGACUUCACCAACCACAAUGGCACGGGGGGGAAAUCCAUCUACGGAAGCCGCUUUCCUGAUGAGAACUUCACACUGAAGCAUGUGGGCCCAGGUGUCCUGUCCAUGGCAAAUGCGGGCCCCAACACUAAUGGGUCCCAGUUCUUCAUUUGCACCAUAAAGACGGAUUGGUUGGAUGGCAAGCAUGUUGUGUUUGGCCAUGUCAAAGAGGGCAUGGAUGUCGUGAAGAAAAUAGAAUCUUUUGGCUCCAAGAGUGGGAAGACGUCCAAGAAGAUCGUCAUCACAGACUGUGGCCAGUUGAGCUAACCCGCCGCGGCCAGGGUGCUAGACCAGUAGCAGCGGCAUGUGUGCUGACUCAGCCAGGGGGCUGCCUCAGGCUCCCAGCAGAGGUGCCCGAGAGAGUUGCCUGUGCCCACCCACUGUCACUGUGUGUGUUUGAGGAAGGCUCAGGAAUAUUGGACCUCCACAGGACCCACCAGACUGCUUCCCCAACAUCUGCCCUUCCUCACAGCCCCAUUUCUGGACAACUGAC